UAUGGCCUUUUUGAGUGAAUACUUGACCACCAUGAGCCCAGUUGCUAAGGCGAUCAACAUAUUGCAAGGAGAAAAGGACGUUCAGAUGGGAUGGCUACUCCCCACAAUCACCACCCUCAUCACCAAGCUUGAGAAAAUGAAACCAUCACUGAGGUUCUGCAAGCCACUAGUCGAUGCCCUCCUGGGUGGUUUGAGGAAACGUUUUGACCCUAUGAUGUCUGAUCCUGAGCUCAUUGCAGCAGCCGUUCUCAAUCCGAAGUUUAAAACCUCCUGGACUAGUGAUGAGGACAUCCUCAAGCUUGGCCUCGGUUACAUCAAGGAGCAUCUUCCUGACCAUGAUGAAGGUCUUUAUCCUGCUGACUCUUCGAGCACUUCUGAUGAAGAGGAUUUUUUCUCUAAUAUCAGGCACACGCACACACAGGAGACGGUCAAACAGUUGGAUGCAUACCUAACAUGUGCAGCUGAAGGUGUGACCAUGUUAACAGCUUAUGCUGCUGUAUGUAGAUCUCUCAAAUUAAACACCGCCCUGCCUGCCUCUGCAGCGUGCGAGAGGCUUUUUAGUGCAGCUGGAUUAAUCUUCAGGCCAAAGCGGGCAGCAAUCAGCUCCCGCAACUUUGAGAACCAGCUUCUGCUUAAGUUGAAUAAGGACUUUUACAACUUCAACUGAUUUGAUGUGUCUAUACUGUAAACACGACAUGAUGGAGAGUGAAUUUGUGAACCCUUGUAGUCUGCUUUGUUCAUUUAAAAUGGUUGGCUGUCUACUGUGAACACGAAGUGAUGGAGUGAAUUUGUACACCCAUGUAGUCUUGUUUUGUUUACUUGAAAUGGUUGACAGUCUAUACUGUAGACACAAAGUGAUGGGGAGUGAAUUUGUGCACCCAUGUAGACUUGAUCAUUUUACUUAAAAUGGUUGGUUGUCUACACAAAGUGAUGGAGUGAAUUUGUGGACCCAUGUAGUCUUGUUUUGUUUACAGUAUAGACAGGCAACCAUUUUAAGUGAUGGGGAAUGAAUUUGUGCACCCAUGUAGUCUAGUUUUGUUUACUUAAAAUGGUUGGCUGUCUAUACUGUAAACACAAAGUGGAAAGAGAAUUUGUGCACCCAUGUAGUCUUGUUUUGUUUACUUGAAAUGGUUGGCUGUCUAUACUGUAAACACAAAGUGGAAAGGGAAUUUGUGCACCCAUGUAGUCUUGUUUUGUUUACUUGAAAUGGUUGGCUGUCCAUACACAGUGAUGGGGAGCGAAUUUGUGGACCCAUGUAGUUUUGUUUACAGUAUAGACAGGCAACCAUUUUAAGUGAUGGGAAGUGAAUUUGUGCACCCAUGUAGACUUGUUUAGUUUACUUAAAAUGGUUGGCUGUCUAUACUGUAAACAAAGUGGAAAGGGAAUUUGUGCACCCAUGUAGUCUCUUUUGUUUCCUUGAAAUGGUUGGUUAGAUUUAAGCAUGAAGUUAACCAUGAGCCACUGUUGGACCUGUGAUGUAAAGUUGCUUGAAUGUUGCUUUCAUGUCAAGCCAGUUUGAUAGAAAAUAAACAUUUUCUUUCUGUCA